AUGAAUCACGAGCUUCUCCAAACCCUAAUCAUUCCAGAUGACUUGAUCUUCGACCACAUUCUGCCCAGACUCCCGGUAAAAUCCCUAAUUCGAUUCAAAUCUGUUUGUAAGAAUUGGUAUAAUCUUAUUUCUACUUGUGAAUUCGCUAAACACCACCUUCAAUUUUCUUCAAUUUCUCCUCAUUUUUUGAUAUCUAAGUUUAUUGCCAACAAUACUGGUAAUUGGCGUGAUUUUUAUUUGUUAUCCUACGAUGAACACAAUAAAAAUCUUGAAGAUUUAGUUCAAUUGGAUGCUCAAUUGAGCUAUACUAUGCGAAAACCAACAGAAAUAGGUUGUUCUAAUGGUUUGAUAUGUCUGUAUUUUUCUGAGAAUAGGUAUAAUGUCAAUAGUUUUGCUUUGUGGAACCCUUGUAUUCGUAAAUAUCGUAAAAUUAGCACUCCUUCUGGUAAAUGGUUGUGUAAAUGUGGUUUUGGUUAUGCAUUAGCUCUUGACGAUUACAGGAUAUUCGCGGCAUUUUGCCCUUAUGAGGAGGAUGAUAGUCUUGAUAAAUCGCGUACCCAGUUUUGGGUUUUCUCGUUGAGAGUAGGAAAGUGGAAACAGAUAGAGUUUUCGAGUGGUGAGGAUGAUUUGAUUAAGUCUGAGGGUAUUGUGAAGGGAGUGUUUGCUGGUGAUUCUCUGUAUUGGUAUGUUUUCAAAUCGGGGGGUUCGUUUCAGCAACGUGUUGUUUGUUUUAAUUUAGUAGACGAAAAGUGUAGAGAAAUCUUAGUGACGGUUUCACCUAGUGAGUAUAUUGAUUUUGAUUGCUAUGAGAUGAAAUGGUGUUUAUCGUUGCUUUGUCGUGCACAUGAUCAGUCCUAUGGUGUUUGGAUUCUGAAGCAACAAGAUGGUAAUGAUUCUUGGGAGAAAUUAUUCUCAAUGCCUUUCACAGUUGGUAAAGACCUUCUUGCUUUUUCUCCGGCUGGUUUGUGUUUGGUUAAACAUUUGCAGCAGCUCAAGUUGGUUGAUCCGACUUUAGAAGAGCUCGAAGAUUCCCAAGGACAAAAGCGGCAGCUCAAGCUGAUUGAGCAUGCCACUGUAAUGUAUUUUGAUGAUGGUGUAUACUUGAAACGGCACCUCAAGUUGGUUGAUCGAGUUAUAGAAGACUUGAACAUGCCCAUCUCACCCUUUGUGCUUGGUUGGAUUGCCUGA